AGAGGUCUCAUAAGCCAUUGCACAAAGAACAUAUAUAGCACUAUCAUAUUGCAACACUUUCCACCUAAACAAGAUGAAGAUUGCAAACUUUUCUGUUCUAGUCUUGAUUUUAUUGAUUUCCCCCGUGGCAUUAGCACAGCUAAGAUUCGGGUUUUACAAUCAAUCAUGCCCUAAUGCAGAGACUAUCGUACAAAACCUGGUCCGCCAGCGGUUUGGUCGUGACCCUUCAAUCACGGCCGCCUUGACUCGGAUGCAUUUUCACGACUGUUUUGUCCAGGGAUGCGACGCUUCUCUCCUCAUAGACCCAACGACGACUCAACCAUCACCGGAAAAAACCGCUGGCCCAAACGGCAGCGUGCGAGGGUUCGAGCUGAUCGACGAGAUCAAGACGGCACUCGAAGCUCAAUGUCCCUUCACGGUCUCGUGCUCCGACAUAAUCACGCUCGCCACACGUGACUCCGUCUUCUUAGGUGGUGGACCGAGCUACCUGGUACCUACCGGACGUCGUGAUGGCUUUGUAUCGAACCUUGCAGACGCAGAGCAGAUCCUCCCUCCACCAGGCAUCUCUGUCGCAGGUAUGCUAGGUUUUUUCGGCAACAAAGGGAUGAACGUUUUCGAUGCGGUGGCGCUUUUGGGUGCGCACACGGUUGGGGUCGCUUCUUGUGGUAAUUUUGGGGACCGGGUCACGAACUUUCAAGGAACCGGACAGCCCGACCCAACUAUGGACCCCAGUUUGGUUGCCAGCCUAAGGAACACAUGUGCGGCUCCAGGCGGCUUUGCGGCACUGGACCAGUCAACGCCGUUUUCAUUCGACAACUUGUUCUUUAGUCAGCUCAGACAGAGGAAAGGAAUUUUGUUUAUUGACCAGCGAAUCGCGACCGAUCCGGCCACUUCUGAUGUUGUGUCUCAGUACGCAGCCAACAACGAACUAUUCAAACGUCAGUUUGAGAUUGCCAUGGUGAAGAUGGGAGCCGUUGACGUGCUUACGGGUUUAGCGGGUGAGAUCAGGAGGAAUUGCAGAGCAUUCAACUAAAGCUUUAUAAACUUUUUCUAUUCUUGAUUGUUUUUAUUUUCUUUCUUGCUUCUGAUGAAUUGUGAAAUGGUGAUUGUUUGCUUAUUUAUAUAUGUAUGUAUAUCCUUAAAAUAAGGUUUGGUAAAUCGAUUUGAUAACAGCAAGAUGUUUCGUUGGUACAGUGAUACCAGAUUAGUGAUGUAAAGUUGAUCUGAGUCCAAACUAAUUCAGAGUUGUAUCUUUCUCA